CUCAGAGUGAGAAACACAGAGAGUUUUUCUUGGCGAAGAGGUUAGUCGAAAAUCGAUAAAGACUAAAGAGUGUUUUCCUUUGCUGAGCAUAGCCUGCAAAUUCAACAGCUUCAGCAGAGACAUCCAUCGCUUCCUUCCCACAGAGUAAUAAUAAUUAUGUCUAGAAGGUAUGAUAGCCGUACAACGAUCUUCUCCCCAGAAGGUCGUCUCUACCAAGUUGAGUAUGCAAUGGAGGCCAUUGGUAAUGCUGGUUCUGCGAUUGGAAUAUUAUCAAAAGACGGGGUUGUGUUGGUUGGUGAAAAGAAGGUAACUUCUAAGCUGCUGCAAACUUCAACUUCCACUGAGAAGAUGUACAAGAUUGAUGAUCAUGUUGCCUGUGCCGUGGCUGGAAUAAUGUCUGAUGCGAACAUCCUGAUCAACACAGCUAGAGUCCAAGCCCAGCGCUACACAUUUGCAUACCAGGAGCCAAUGCCUGUUGAGCAGCUGGUUCAAUCGCUCUGUGAUACAAAGCAAGGAUACACUCAGUUUGGUGGUCUCCGCCCCUUUGGUGUUUCAUUCCUGUUUGCUGGAUGGGACAAAAAUUAUGGUUUCCAGCUUUACAUGAGUGAUCCUAGUGGUAACUAUGGUGGUUGGAAAGCUGCUGCAGUUGGUGCAAACAACCAGGCAGCACAGUCGAUGCUUAAACAAGAUUACAAGGAUGAGAUCACAAGAGAAGAGGCUGUCCAGCUUGCACUGAAGGUACUCAGCAAGACCAUGGACAGCACAAGUCUCACCUCAGAUAAGCUUGAACUGGCUGAGAUUUUCCUCUCGCCUUCUGGAAAUGUCAAGUACCAAGUCUGCUCAUCUGACUCUCUGAGUAAGUUGUUGGUUAAACAUGGAGUGACUCAACCUGCUGCCGAGGCUUCCUGAGCUAAGUUUUUCAGUAUGUUCUAAUACAUUAAAUUCAGAGAAAGCCUAGGUCAGCUUUGUCUUUCAGUAUUGCAUGUGGAAUUUCAAAAACUGGUGUUUGAUAAUGAUACUUUCAGAUGUGGAUGAUGCUUUAUGUAAUUUCAUUUCGGAUCUUUUUGUUAUGAUGUUACUCUCCGUGCUGAUUCAUGGGUUGUUCUGGCAUGAAAACUUC